AUGGCUGAGCAGUACACCUCGCCCAGAAGGAUCACGGCUGGCUUCGUGUCUCGCCUGCUGGAGCGGGAGUCGUCUCUUGGCGACUCGCUGACUCGGCUCCGGACGGUCAAGGCGACGGUUCGUGCCGAGAAGCGGAGCGCGGCCAAGUUCGUGGCUGACGCCCUUCGCUCGGAUCACCGGGAGCUGGCCCCUGUUCUCGACCUGGCCUCAGAAAAGGGUGCUUGCAGCUGGCUGACCUGCCGCCCCCUCAGCCGCCAUGGUUUCACCCUCGGCAAGGGAGAUUCUCGGGAUGGCCUGUGCCUCCGUGGUAUAAAACCUGCUGCAACUUCCCACAUUGUACUGAUGUUUAUGUACCAUUUCCUUUCGCAACAACAACAACAACAACAACAACAACAACAACAACAACAACAACAACAACAACAACAACAACAACAACAACAACAACAGCAGCAGCAGCAGCAGCAGCAACAACAACAACCUGGCUAA